AAGCAAGUCACAGAGAAGCAGGGGGAAAGAGAGAGAGAGAGAGGAAAAUGGAGAGCAGCAGCGACAGCUCCUCCUUCUCGAGCCCCCGGGCCUACCUCCGGGCGCUCGCCCAGACGCCGGCUCGGCUGGCCCGGCGAGCCGGCUCGGUCUCCACGUCCUACGAGGAGAUGAGCCGGGUCCGAUCCCGGUCCGGGCCGAGCAUGGCCAAGACCCUCCGCUGGUUCGACCUCGUCGGGCUCGGCGUCGGCGGCAUGGUUGGCGCCGGCGUCUUCGUCACCACCGGCAGGGCCACCCACUGCGACGCCGGCCCGGCCGUCGUCCUGUCCUACUUCAUUGCCGGCGUCUGCGCCCUCCUCUCCGCCUUAUGCUACACCGAGUUCGCCGUCGACAUGCCCGUCGCCGGCGGCGCAUUCAGCUACCUCCGCGUCACCUUCGGCGAGUUCGCGGCGUUCUUGACCGGUGCAAAUCUCAUAGCGGAGUACGUGUUGUCGAACGCCGCCGUGGCGAGGAGCUUCACCUGCUACUUCGGCACCGCCAUCGGCGUCUCGUGCGCCAAGUGGCGGCUCACCGUCCCCGGAUUCCCGGGAGGCUUCAACGAGAUCGACCUCCUCGCCGUCGCCCUCGUCUUGAUCCUAACCCUCAUCAUCUGCUACGGCACACGUGAGAGUUCAAUCGUGAACAUGAUGUUGACGGCGCUCCACAUCCUGUUCAUAGCGUUCGUGAUCGUGAUGGGAUUCUCGAAGGGCAACUGGAAGAAUUUCACCGAGCCAGGCGACCCGAGCCACCCGGGUGGGUUCUUCCCGUACGGCGCCACGGGCGUGUUCAACGGGGCCGCGACGGUCUACUUUAGCUACAUUGGGUACGACGCGGUCUCGACCAUGGCCGAGGAGGUGAAGAAACCCGUCAAGGACAUCCCCAUCGGGGUGUCGGGCUCCGUCAUCCUAGUCACCGUCCUCUACUGCUUGAUGGCGGCGUCCAUGUCCAUGUUGCUGCCUUACGACAUGAUUGACAAGGAUGUACCGUUCGCGGGGGUGUUCCGAGGGAGUGGAAGCUUGGAGUGGGUGCCGAAAGCGAUCGGGGCCGGGGCGAGCUUCGGGAUCCUGACGUCGCUGAUCGUGGCGAUGCUGGGGCAGGCGCGGUACAUGUGCGUGAUCGGGCGGUCCGGCGUCGCCCCCACCUGGUUCGCCCGGGUCCACCCCAGGACAUCCACGCCCGUCAACGCUUCCGCCUUUCUGGGAAUCUUGACGGCAGCGAUUGCGCUUUUCACGGACCUAAACGUCCUCCUCGACCUCGUCUCCAUCGGCACCCUCUUCGUCUUCUACAUGGUGGCCAACGCGGUCAUCUACCGCCGCUACGUGGCGGCCGGGACCACCAACCCGCGCCCCACCCUGUCGUUCCUAUCCGCCUUCUCCCUUACCGCCGUUAUCUUCGCCCUCCUCUGGCAACUGGCUCCCACCGGCAAGCCGAAGUACUUCAUGCUCGCUGCGUGCGCGCUCGUGGCCCUCGGGGUCCUGCAGGUGUUCCACUUCACCGUCCCGCAGGCCCGCAAGCCCGAGUUCUGGGGCGUGCCCCUCAUGCCGUGGAUCCCUUGCGUCUCCAUCUUCCUGAACAUCUUCCUGCUCGGGACGCGUAGCGGCCCGGCCUUCGCGCGGUUCGGGAUCUUCUCAGGCGCCGUGGUGCUCAUCUACGUCUUCUACGGGGUGCAUGCCAGCGUCGACGCGGAGGGGGACCCGUCGACGGAUCAAAAAUACGGAGAACUCGCCAGGGAACCGGAGGGAGUUCAGAAUCUUAGUCUCAAAGUGUAGUUCAUUUUCCUUUUCCAAUUAGGUAAAAAGUUUAGGUUUCGGUUUAUCUUUCCAAAAGGGCGAAAGCAAAGUGCAAAAAAGCGGACUACCAUGUAUUUUUGAAUUGGAAAAUCUAAGAUGUACACCUUCUAAAGAGCCUUUGGAAUUUCUCCAUUUACAGUUCGAAAGUAAUUCGAGAUUCUUCCCCGA